AUGCCCGACAUCGCACCAGGGGAUAUCUACACCGAUGUUCAGACUAGACUAGUCAACAGUGCUAGUAACCCUAACAACUGCUUCUGCGGUUGGUAUGUCUACUACUCUAGUGUCUGCACCCAUGUAUACCAGGAGAUGCCAGUCCACUGCGGAGCCAGGACCACUAAAUCUGGGAAAAGUGGGUUCUGCGUCACGCCAACCCCGAAGAACAAUGUCGGGGCAGUGAAGAUCAAUGUCAAGUGUCGUACUUGUUGA